UGUGCCAAGCCAAACCAAGCCAAGCCAAGCCAAGCCAUGUGCCUAACCAAACCGAACAAAGGUAAAUACAAACAGCACUCGAUUACACUCAAAAUGUGUACAAAAAAUUGGUAAAAUGUGGAGAAAAAGCGCAGCAGUUGGAAUAAGUUCGUUGGCCAAGGCGAAGCCGAAAUUAGUGCAACCACAGGCCAGGGCCAGAGCGGAUCUCCAGGAAACCUUCACCGUCCGCGAUGCAAUUGAUCCAUUUCGCGCUAGGAUUGGGGCUGAUCUCCACUGCCCUUGAGGCGGCCAUUCUCCCGCUGAUCGUGAUAAAAAACGGCGUUGAAUCGAAUCAUGGCCUGCCCAUGGAUACGGAGAAGUUCGGUUAUCUGGAGUUCAAGCCCAAUGGUUCACUGAUCCUCAGGCGGGCACCCAAUCAGAGUGGCAAUAACCUGCAGAAUCUACUAAUGCUUCGCGGAGUUCUUCAGGCCCUCAAGCUCAAUCCCUCGAAGAUUUCCGAGACUGGUGGCGAAACUCGGUUCGAUUUUAAGAUCUAUGGCGAUGGAGUGGAGCACAAGUUUCCGCCAAUACUGGAGAAUAUCAUUCAACGCAUUCAAACGUAUUUUUCGAUCUAUCGAUACACGGAUACCAGUAAACCCCUACAGCGAAUCGAACCCACCACCCAACCGACAGAGGAAACUUCUGAUUUAACUACCUUAAAAACGGAGGAUGAGGACGAACUAAUUGUCGUUGGAGAACAGGAUGCCUAUAUUACAGUGGGAGACGAUGCGGACUAAUCUCAGUCCUAUUUAUUAGAUAUUUAUUCCCAUAGCUAUGUAAGUCAAUAAAAGUGCCGUACUCAAAAUACUUAUUGGCUGCUUUCAAACCCCCCAAUUCGCCAAUAUCUGGUCACGUUUUGGGGUUACUUUGUAUUCAGCGUUGUGGAUCGGACAAUUUAUGAUUUUAUUUACCCGACCGUGUAAUAGUUGCAAUAU